GAUACUGCAACACUAGGGGGCGGGGCUCACUGCAUCCAUGUACUUGGAAAAUACCAGAGGAUUCAGUGUACAUUAUAUUAUUAUGCCUCCUAAGAAGAAUGGUGCUGGAAGAGCUGGACCUCAGGCUAACAAGACAGCUGCAACUGCUGGAAGACAGCCUGCUCGAGCCCCGACUGGACGUGGUCAGCCUGCUGCUGCAAAAGCCCCUAGUCGAUCCACAGCUCCAGUUGGUCGACAACAGCCCACCAAACCAGGAGCCAAUGCUAGGAAGCCUACUGCCAGUGGACCAGCCAAAGUUAGCAAGGUUGGUGUAGCCACAGGCAAGGCUGGAGGGAAGACACAACCAAGCAAGGGAGGGGAAGCUGUCAAGAAACCAGCACAGACAAAGAAAGACCUUAUGGCUAGGAGAAUACAGACUGCUUACAGGGGAUAUAGGUGUCGCAAGCUGCUCCUGGCUCUCAAACAGAAAGAGAAAGAAUAUGACGAGCUCAUGGAGAAGCUGCAACGAGAUGCUUACCUCCAAAUGGUUCGUCUGGAGCAGGAGAGGGCAGAGGUUGCUUAUCGUCAUGAAGAGGAUGAGCGUCGGAGGAAGAGGGAGCAAGCCAAGAGGGUUAAGAGGAUGCUUGAAGCAGCCUUUGAUGGGGACACCACUGAGAUCAAGGCUCUGCUCUCAGAGGUGGAAGCUCUGUACAUGGACAGUGACGAAGCUGUGGUGGCCAGAUAUCAACACAAGUUGGUGGAGUGCACUGACCCUAACAACAACACUCCUCUUUCAGAGGCUGCGGCUGGAGGAGAUCCAGACACUAUCAGGCUGCUGAUGAGUCUAGGAGCAGACCCCAACACCAAGGGCCAGUUUGGACGCACCUCUCUCUACAGAGCUGCGUUUGGGGGACAUCUAGAGGCUGUCAGAGCAUUGCUAGAGUCAGGUGCUAACCCACGACUAUUGGCUGAUGAUGGAGCAACACCGGAACAGGUUGCAGCUAAUCCAACAGUAGAAGAGUGCCUGUCAAGCUGGGAGGUGGAGAGCACUGAUAAACUACUGGCCUCUCUGGAGGAGCAGAGGAGCCAACGGUUGGAGAGAGAGACUAAACUGAGACAGAAAGAAGAAAGCAAGAUUCAGGAUGAGAUUACAGAAGCUGAGAAGGAUAACUCUUCUAAGCAGAAACAGCUGGCUAAAGCGUACGAAGAACUAAACAAGAGGAUCUUUGAGCAUGAUACUUACAGUGCUGAGAAGGGAGACAUCACUCUGCCCGCUGUACAAGAUGCUGAGGCACACUUGGAGAUAUGCAAGCUUCAUGCUGAAGAGGCAAGGAAGAAGCUACAACAGAUACGACUGAAGUUGCGAAUGAAGAAGAAAGAAUUCCAGGAUCUGGGAGAUGAGGAGGAUGACGAUGUGAAGGUGGACGUGGUCAUCAACAUCAGAGAGUUAGACGAUGUCCUCCUCAAAGAUGUGGGCAAUAAGAUAACUAACAGCGACAAGUGGCCACUGAUCAUUGAUUCAAACCAGCAAGCUGCUACCUUCAUGCGUUAUCGUGACACCAACUACCUCAAUGUGUGCAGUCCUAAGAACAUGGAGACUGACACAAUAAGAAUGGCCCUCCUCGGAGCUAUAAGGUAUGGGAAGUUUGCAGUGAUUGACCUGAUGGAUAUUGAUAAUAUCUGGCGUUCGGUGGAGCAGCGAUUUGAGACAGUGCAGAAAAAUUUGUUGGCUGAGCUAAUGUCAAAGCAGCUAAUGAAAGAAGAAAAGUAUCUCUCGCUUGUAAAGAAAUCUGACGGCCCUGAGUACUCCCCUAAAAUGUUUCAAGGAGCUCGUACUCAAAACUUUAAGUUUGUGCUAGUGACUCAACUACCCCACCCACCAGAAGAGCUCCUGCAACAGUGCUACACCAUUAGAAUACACACUCCUAACAUGUGAACUCAAUAUUCUUAUACAAUGCUGUGUUGUUGAAAGGCAGACCCCUGAGACACUACUAUUUUUACCAUUACUAAGAAACGACCA